UGGUUGGAAUCUUUACUCAAGGAAAAAUGCAAUAUCACUUCUGUUCGCCCAUUUCAACUGGACCACGGCUUGGAUCUCAUGGCCGGACGCGAUCUCAUGCUGGUAACAGCUACCGGGACAGGAAAAACAACGGUUCUUCAUGCACCUUUGCUUGCAGCACAAGCUCGGAAGGAAACUGGGAUCGCAUUUAUUGUGAUUCCGACGAAACUCCUGGGUGAACAGCAUGCAAAAUCUGCAACGUCUCGAGGUCUAUAUUCACUAUGUCUAAACGAAGAUACCGUUCGUGACGCUCGUGACACGGGUCAGGACCUCUUCAAGGAGGCCUUUGAGUCGCCCGGCAUCCGCGUCAUCUCCAUCAGUCCACAGAUGCUCCAACACCAGCGAAUAAACCAGUAUCUCUCACAAGCUACGUUCAAACGUCAGAUUCGGUGGUUCUUCGUCGACGAAGCCCAGCUCGUUAACCAGCAGUUCGGCGAGUGGUGUACCGCAUAUCGAGCCCUUAAGCAUAUGCGGGCCCGACUCUUCACCUCCGUGACAUGGGCAGCGGUGACCGGUACAGCGACACAUUCCGAGGCUGCGAUCAUUCGCAAAGAGCUGGGAUUUCACCCGAGUUCUUUCGUCAACGCCCGGUACUCCAUCGAUCGCCCAAACAUCAAGUACAUUCCACGUUUUUUCGAACAUCCAUACACCGGCUACCAAUUCCUCGACCUCAGCUUCCUCAUACCUUGUGACAUGACAGCUCCGACAGACAUCCCGACAACGCUCAUCUUUGCGGAGACGAUCGAGCUCGGGUGGCGUAUUAUGGUCUUCCUUGACCAUCUAAUUCCCCUCCAUGUGCCCCAUCGCCGGUCAAUCAUCAAGCUUUACAAUUCACUCUUUGAACGCCCAUAUCGCGAAGAAUUCAUCAAGGACAUCCAAAGCGGCGAGAUUCUGAGGAUAGGUGUAUGUACGGACACCUGCGCGUACGGUUUUGACGCGCCAAACAUUACACGAGUCGUGAUUGCCGGCAUACCUGCUUUUCAGAAGGAUCGCCCGCCCUCCUUUGCUGCCCAAAUGCAGAAGAUUGGCCGUGCAGUUCGCAAUGGAUCUCUUGGUGUGGCAUAUACAUUCGCACCUCCAUGGGUCCGCAUCAUACCGGAGAACGAGAUCACCACAGCGCAACAGAAAACAGAUGCUGCACGACGCGCCAAACUCGACCCGCAGAUGCUUCAAUGGUUCAACUCGUCGCAAGAGUUCUGUCCGCGCCAGUCGAAUCUCGCCGCCAAUGAUGAACCGUUUGCCAUCCGUGAUGGCUGUUGCGCUUUUCAUGCACCAAGUCCAGAAUUCGAGUGCGACGCUACGGCUGUAGCGUGCUGGAAGGAGCGUUUAGAAACCGCCAGGGUCAGCGACUCACAGCCGCUGCGUUCCGAUGGGACCUACAAAGCUCUUGAGCCUCAGAUGCGAGCGUCGUUGAUUCGCAUGCUGGAAGGCUGGCGCGGUCGUACGUGGGGUCAGCUUCGAGGGGACCGGCUUGAAUAUCCAUCUGUUUUGUUCUUCCCAACGAAUAUUCUGCGACAGCUUGCGGAAAAAGUCCACCUCUGCACGACCUUUGAACGGUUCUGCAUCGUUGUCAGUGGAUGGGAUCAUCUUGACGAGCACGGUGCAGCUCUCUUUCGCUUUGUUUCAGCUGCGUUAGAGGGCUUUGGAGACGUCAUCAAGGAGCGUAGCGAA